AUGCAGUUGCAGACGCUCUUUGGAUUGGCGCUUACGCUGGCGUGCGCCCAUGCCACACUUGACCCGGCCUUGUCCAACUCCAAAGGCAGAUGUCCAAAGGUUUACAACUGUGAGCCUGCGAAGGUCUCCACCGCCAUCCAAGCUGCCGAGUGCUCCCACAACACGAGAACAUCUACCACCCAGACCUUUGCUGUCUUUGAAGUCGACCACCAGUAUGACAGCUCACACGGCGCACCCUACGGCACCUGUUCGGCCUACACGUGCAAGGCACCAAACACGCCACGCCAGAUGAAGGACUGCAAAGACCACUGGACCUUCUUCUGGGUCAAGGACCAUGGCAAGGAGAGGGGUGUCGGAACCGGGUGCAUUCGUUCUCCGGACGACGGCAAAUGUGGAUGCGAGAGCAGCGAUGGGGUCUUUCACGCAGGAAGCAACAGCUGUACCUAA